AUGUCUGGUGCGAAGUGUAUAAAGCAUUUUAGUGUUUCAAUGUGCUCUCCCAAAGAGUACCUUGAUGCACUUGGUGUGGCUGGUAUAUCUGAAACAAAUGUUCCAGCUGAAUUGUAUCUGCAAUAUACGACAACCGAGUAUAGUUUCCCUAAUUCGGAUAUACAUCAUGUGACUCCUCCGAAUGUGUAUGUGUUUGUGAUUGAUACCUGUAUGAUUGAGGAGGAAUUAGGGUUUGCUAGAUCGGCGUUACAACAAGCGCUUGAGUUUUUACCUGAGAAUGCAUUGGUAAGGUUUGUUUCGUUUGGCACUCGAGUUCAGGUUUAUGAGUUAGGGUAUUCUGAUAUGUCCAAAGUGUAUGUUUUUCGUGGUUCAAAAGAGAUCAGUAAAGAUCAGGUUUUGGAUCAGUUAGGAUUAGGGUCAGGUGGUGCUGUUGGUGGAAGGAGAGUUGGUGGUGGGCCAGGGCAAGGGUUUCAGAAAGGGAUGGCAGGACAAGGUGGAGGGUUUUUGAAUCCGGGGGUAUCUAGGUUUUUAUUGCCGGCUUCUGAAGGUGCAUAUACCAUCCAUUCGCUAUUGGAAGAAUUAGGCACAGAUCAAUGGCCAAUUGCACCAGGUAAUCGAUCCUUAAGGUGCACCGGGGUUGCAUUGAGUGUUGCAGCUGGUUUGCCAGGUGCUUGUAUGCCGGGAACUGGUGCUCGAAUAGUGGCAUUGGUUGGUGGUCCAUGCACUGAAGGUCCUGGUUCGGUGUUCAAUAAUAGUCCAGAUGAGACUGCUUAUUUUCGCAUGAUGCUUAACCGGGAGGCUGAUAGAAUCCUUCUAUUAGAUUCGUACUUCAGUGUAGUUAUUUUUCAUGGUCUGACAAUAGCUCAAUGGAGGAACAUGGGCUACCAAAAUCAGCCAGAACACCUGGCGUUUGCACUGUUAUUGCAAGCACCACAUGAUGAUGCUGAAAUCAUAAUUGAAUUUUAA